UGGCCUCUUGCUUGUGUUCUUCGCCAUGGCUGGCCUUGUCUGGUUUCGUGCAACGCCCCUUCGAACAGGACUAUGGCACAUUACGGGGCCUUGGUGGCGCCGCUAUACAGACAUUUUAUAGGCGAUUGAUGCUUACAAUGGAUGAACCUGCGAAGUCAUUCAUCGCUUGCGCAAGGAAUAUGGUCCCGUGCUGCAAGUUGGUCCACAAUCUCUGUUGAUUAUCAUCGGGUUCCAACGCCACCAUCUCCGCAUUCCCGCGAUGAGGAUGGUUUUGAACGACAAGUGCCGCUUUCCAUCACACGAGAGUACGCUUGGGAACAACAACAACUUCCCCUGGAUUUGAAGACAUUCAGUAGCACUAUUGGCAUAUACAUGCAUGGUUCCCUCAAUCUCAAUCGGCCUCGGCUGGGCAUUCAAUCAGGCACUAGCGCCACGACGCGUUUCGCACAUGUUUUAUCGCAGAUCCGGACGGCUCAGCGCAACCCAUGCAAGCCAUUAUGCGGUGGCCGCAAGCCUACUUUGAAGCCGUCAAGGUUGCAGACAAAGUCGCCGCUAAGGAAGGCUUCAAGGAUCUCGAAGAUUACAAGUACGAUUUGGCAAAGGGUGACACUCUAAAGGUCGUCGACUUCCAUUGGCGGCCCACUGAUCACCUUCCUAUCAUUGCUUACCAUCGCCUUGUCGGCGAUGGCUGGACAACUGAACAUCUCUUCGUCGAGGCCGGUCUAGGACCUCUUGAGACCCUGUUGAGGGCUUAACCUACUACCUAAAUCUAGUAAGGUGGAAAACCUCGGCAAGGUCUUGACUAUGCUUUUCAUCACUUCUCAUCG